GAGUCGCUUUCUGCGCACAUCCGGAAGUCAUCAGCGGCGUGGGUAGACAUUUUUACCGGGCCACGAGUUUCACACACAAAGAAUUCUACUUUUCUCCGUUGAUAAGAACCUAAAAGAACCUGCAAAAAUGUACGAAAUGGGUGGCCAAGAAUCGGACGACAAGUUCAGGAAGCUGUUUAUCGGUGGAUUGAGCUUCGAGACCACAGAUGAAUCUCUAAGAGCACAUUUUGAAAAUUACGGAACCGUGAACGAUUGUGUGGUCAUAAAAGACCGCGAGACCAAACGACCAAAAGGAUUCGGAUUCAUCACUUAUGAAACACAAGAAGGUGCCGACGCUGCACAGAAAAAUCGUCCUCACAAACUGGAUGGCAGGCAAGUGGAAACCAAACGUGCUAUGCCCAGGGAAAGUGGGGAAUCGUCUCUAUCUGUAGCAAAAAUGUUUGUUGGCGGGCUAAACGAGGACACCUCGGAAGAUGAUCUCAAGGCUUCAUUUAGUGAAUUUGGAACAAUUGCUUCUGUUGAUUUAAUCAAAGACAAAGCUACUGGUAAAAACAAGAAAUUUUGUUUUGUCUCGUUUGAGGACUCUGAUGCCGUUGAUCAGUGUGUGUUGAGAAAGAAAUUUAGGGUGGCCGGAAAAGAAGUGGAGGUUAAGAAAGCUCUCCCCAAGGACGGCGGAGAGGGUGGACGAGGAGGUGGUCGCGGAGGAAUGGGUGGACGAGGGAGAGGACGUGGAGGCGGUGGUUAUAAUCAAGGGAGUGGCUACAACCAGGGAAGUGGAUUCGGUCAAGGAAGUUAUGACAGCUACAGCCAGGGAAGUGGUGGUGGUGGCAGCUAUGGUGGUGGCUACAACCAGCAGUAUAGCAACACUGGUGGUGGAUAUGACAGCUAUGGUGGUGGUUACAACCAGCAAAGCUUUGGCCAAGGAUAUGGAGAGAACUACGGAGGUGGAGCCAUGAACAGAAGUGGAGGAGGUGGUGGUGGCUCCGGACACAGGGCAGCACCAUAUAACAGCGGUAAUUACAGCCGAGGAGGUGGUGGUGGAGGCGGCGGCGGAUACAGCAGGCGAUGAACGAUUCAGACAACUCAUCAUUAGAACUCUUUCAUUAGAUCAUUUUGUAUUGUUCGUGAAGAGAAAAGACUCUUUGUGAGUGAUGUGACAUACAUAUGUCAUGUCCAUGAAUUGUGUUGUUUAAUUUUCUCAACAAACACGAUACAGAACUCAAAACCUCAGAACUGUUUAAGAUACUACCACUGGUACACAAGACUGGAACUGGUUUCAUUGGAAUGAAACAAAAUGGAAGCAUGAUGUGCCAGUAUUUUAUUAAAACAAACUCCCAGAAGUUUGGGCAUUUGUUACCAUUUGCACAAGUGACUCGUAUCAUAGUGUGAAAAAAAACUGACUGUAAAGAAUAAAAUAAUCAUUUCAUUUCACGUAAUCAAAUCAUGAAUCAUAUUCAGUUUACUGUAAAAUUAUAAAACUAGACAUUAAAUUAACCAACAUUCUGGAAAUCUAUUUGUGUCUGAUAAAAAAUCUUGUGUCUAGCAAAUUAAAAGUUUGUCAUUUCAUAAUUGUA